ACGACCAAUGGGAGUAUGGCAUUGGCUGCGUGGGCGGGGCGAGGGGUGCACGCCGAUCUCUGGGCAGCGGGAGCCUUGUCCGAGCGCUGCCGGUGCCGCCUUAUGGCUGCCGCUCAGCUGCUGCUCGGCCUUCUGGUCCUUCUGCGGGUGCGGCCGUCUCUCUGCCGUGGGGCUCCGGUUUCCUCCCCGGCCGUGACGGCCCGGCUGGCGGCAAAAUGGCCGGCGACCCCACUGCUGCUGGAGGCGAGUGAAUUUAUUGCAGAAGAUGGUAAUGAGAAGUUUUGGCAGUUCUUGGAAACUGUACGAGAAUUAACAAUUUAUAAGCAAGGAGAUACAGAGUAUUCGUAUUACAAUUUAAUCUUGAAGAAAGCAGGACAAUUUUUAUCCAAUUUUCAAAUCAAUCUGUUGAAGUUUGCGCUUUCUGUACGAGCGUAUUCUCCAGCUGUUCAGAUGUUUCAACAGAUUGCAGCUGAUGAACCUCCACCAGAAGGCUGCAGCGCAUUUGUGGUUAUCCAUGGGAAGCACACCUGUAAGACUAAUGAAAUUAAAAAGCUUCUGAAAAAGGCUAAUAAGAGACCCAGGCCAUAUCUUUUUAAAGGAGAUCAUAAAUACCCAACUCUCAAAGAGGAUGGCCCAGUUGUUGUUCUUUAUGCAGAAAUGGGUACAAGAGAUUUUGUUAAAUUCCACAAAAUUUUAUCUGAAAAGGCUCAAAAGGAGGAAAUUGUUUAUGUUCUCCGCCAUUAUGUUCAGAAACCAAGUUCCAGAAAAAUGUAUUUAUCUGGAUAUGGUGUAGAACUUGCAAUAAAGAGCACAGAAUACAAAGCAGUAGAUGACACACAGGUUAAAGUAACAAAUGACACCAAAAAAGAGGAAGAUGAUGAGGAGGAGGAAAGUGAUGUCCAAGGAUUCCUCUUUGCCAGAUUAAAACGAUUGCAUCCUGAUCUGAAAAAUAAUCUGAAAGAGUUUAAAAAACAUCUAAUUGAAACUAAUAACAGCAUGGAACCACUAAAGGUUUGGGAAUUACAAGAUCUUAGUUUUCAAGCAGCUGCUCGAAUUAUGUCUACCCCUGCUUAUGAUGCCUUAAAGGUGAUGAAAGACAUAGCUCAGAACUUCCCAAUAAGAGCCAGAUCAUUGACCAGAGUGCCUGUCGACAAACAAAUGAGAAAUGAAAUAGAAGAAAAUCAGAAGCACCUUCAUGAAACACUUGGAAUCCAACCUGGUGAAGCACGUUUAUUUCUCAAUGGCCUUCAUAUUGACCUGGAUUUUCAUGAUCCAUUUAGUAUCUUAGAGACUCUUAAACUGGAAGGGAAAGUAAUGCAUGGCCUUCAUGAACUUGGAAUCCAAGAGGAAGUUCUGAGUAAAUUUAUGAGAUUGCAUAUACAUCCAGCAGAUAACAGCUAUGCGCUAGAUAUUCGUCACUCUUCAAUAAUAUGGAUUAAUAACAUAGAAAAAGACCGCAGCUACAUUACAUGGCCUGCAAGCUAUCAGGAACUGCUAAAACCCACAUUUCCUGGAGUUAUACCACAGAUUAGACGCAAUUUAUAUAAUCUGGUACUUUUCCUUGAUCCUGUCCAAGAAGAUACAGACGAUUAUAUGAAACUAGUGGAAUUAUUCUAUCAUCAUAAUGUACCACUUCGAAUUGGAUUUGUUUUCAUUUUAAAUACAAGAGAAGAAAUUGACGGAAAUGAAGAUGCUGGAAUAGCUCUCUGGAGAACUUUUAAUUACGUUGCAGAGGAAUCUGACACCUUUCAAGCCACUACCUGCAUAAUUAAUAUGUACCAUGAAGUGAAAGAUGGAAAUGUUCUAACAGUUAAUCAUGUGAAAAAUAUUCUUAGAAGAGAAUACCCCUAUGCUGAUGUUCAGAGUAUACUAGGUGUUCAUUCUGAAUACGAUGAAGGGAGGAAGGCAGGAGCAACCUUUUAUAAAAAGACUGGCCUGGGUCCGUUACCUCAAGCGCUGUUUAAUGGUGUGCCCUUCAACAGAGAAGAGAUGAAUGCUGCAGAAUUAGAGACUGUUAUUCUUCAGAGAGUUAUUGAUGCCACUGGGUUCUUCCAGAGGGCUGUGUUCAUGGGUUUGUUAAAUGAUCAUGUAAAUGCAGUAGAUUUUCUCAUGGAUCAGAACAGUGUUGUUUCUCGUAUAAACCCCAGUAUUCUUGGAGCAGAAAGAAGAUACUUACAUUUUAGAUCCACAUCUGUUCCAUUUGAUGUGCAGGACUUCUCUACAUUCUCCUUUUUGGACUCACAAGAUAAAAGUGCUGUAAUUUCAGACAACAUGAAGUAUUUAAUGAAAAAGGAUGAGGAUGCAUUAUAUGCUGUUACUGUCUGGAUUAUUGCUGAUUUUGAUAAGCCAUCUGGGAGACAACUGCUUUCUAAUGCCUUGAAACACCUGAAAACAAGCAGUCAUAUGCGAAUUGGGAUUUUAAACAAUCCUUCAUCAAAAAUAAAGGAAGAUAACACAGCCAUUGCAAGAGGAAUUUUGACAGCUUUUCUAACACAAAGCAACAGAAGCUUAAAAGGUUUCCUAAGUAAACUCACUAAGGAAGAGACAGCAAAAUCCCUUGCUGCUGGAACUAAAAUUGUUAAAAUCCUCCUCCCUGGAAUGAAUGAUGAUACUUUUGAGAAGAAGUACAACACUUUAGGACUGGAUAUAAUUAAAACUCACCAGAUGUUCUGUCAGGAGGUUCUUAAGCUGCUUCCUGGGCAAAUGGCUGUUGUGAGCAAUGGGAGGAUACUGGGCCCUUUAGGUGAAAAUGAAUUCCAGACAGAAGACUUUAGUUUGUUAGAAAGAAUAACGUACAGUACCUCAGCAGAGAAGAUUAAAGCAGUUGUCAAAGAGAUGGAAGUCAAUACUAAAAGUGGCAGUGAUUUGAUUAUGAAAAUAGAUGCACUACUGUCGUCUUUGCCUAAAACAGAGAAGAGACAAGAUGCUAAAUUACUCAGAGAACAGCACAGUGUAGUAAAAAUUGAUCCCCAAGAGAACGAACCAUUCUAUGAUGUUAUUGCUAUUGUUGAUCCAUUGACAAGAGAAGCACAGAAGAUGGCUCAUGUAUUGAUUGUACUGAAAGACAUUGUCAAUGUGAAACUCAGGUUGUUUUUGAGCUGCAGAUCUAAGCUGUCAGAAGUGCCGCUGAAGAGCUUCUAUCGUUUUGUUCUGGAACCAGAGAUAAUGUAUGGGAUCAACAAACACCUUCCUUCUGAACCUGAGGCAAAAUUCCUAGAAUUGCCGGAAUCACCUCUUUUGACUUUAAACAUGAUCACUCCUGAAAGCUGGUUGGUUGAAGCGGUGAACAGUUCCUGUGAUCUCGAUAACAUUCAUUUGCAGGAUAUAAAAGGAACUGUAGUAACAGAAUAUGAACUGGAAUACAUAUUGCUUGAAGGACAUUGCUUUGAUGUGUCAACUGGACAACCUCCUCGGGGGCUACAGUUCACUCUGGGUACAAAGAAUAAUCCUGUCAUGGUUGAUACUAUUGUGAUGGCCAACUUGGGGUAUUUUCAGCUGAAAGCAAAUCCAGGUGCUUGGACACUGAGAUUGCGUAAAGGAAGAUCUGAAGACAUUUAUCAGGUUUUUUCCCAUGAAGGAACAGAUUCUGUAGCUGACCUGGCAGAUGUUAUUGUGGUUUUAAACAACUUCAGAAGCAAAAUAAUCAAAGUCCAAGUACAGAAAAAGCCUGAUAAAAUGAAUGAAGAUCUCCUUACUGAUGGAACAACAGAAAAAGGAAAUUUGGAAUCAGUUACAAGGUUCCCAGAAAUUUUGCCAGAAGAAAAGGAAAAUAAAAGUGAUAUACUUAACAUUUUUUCAGUCGCUUCAGGCCAUUUAUAUGAACGCUUUUUAAGAAUUAUGAUGCUUUCUGUUCUACGUCAUACCAAAACGCCAGUUAAAUUUUGGUUUCUGAAAAACUACCUCUCCCCAACAUUUAAGGAUGUUAUCCCUCACAUGGCUAAGAAGUAUGGAUUCAAGUACGAGUUAGUACAGUAUAAGUGGCCCCGCUGGCUUUAUCAGCAAACAGAAAAGCAAAGAAUUAUUUGGGGCUACAAAAUCCUUUUUUUGGAUGUUCUUUUCCCUUUGGCUGUAGAUAAAAUAAUCUUUGUUGAUGCUGACCAGAUUGUGAGAAGUGACCUGAGAGAACUCAGAGAUCUCAAUCUGAAGGGAGCUCCUUAUGGAUACACGCCUUUCUGUGACAGCCGUAAGGAAAUGGAUGGGUACCGUUUCUGGAAGUCAGGAUACUGGGCAUCGCAUCUUGGGAAAAAGAAAUACCAUAUCAGUGCCUUAUAUGUUGUGGAUCUUAAGAAGUUCAGAAAGAUUGCAGCAGGAGAUAGGCUUCGGGGCCAGUACCAGGCUCUUAGUCAAGACCCAAACAGUCUGUCAAAUCUAGAUCAGGAUCUUCCCAAUAACAUGAUUCAUCAAGUGGCUAUUAAGUCUCUCCCUCAAGAAUGGCUUUGGUGUGAAACCUGGUGUGAUGAUGAAUCUAAGAAAAAGGCUAAAACAAUAGACUUGUGCAACAAUCCCCAAACCAAAGAACCAAAAUUAGAGGCUGCUGCUCGAAUAGUUCCUGAAUGGGUUGACUAUGACACUGAGAUACGGAAGUUAAUACAGCAAAUUGAGAAAGAGAAGAAAACUAAAACAUCAUUCUCUAAAAAAGGUUUUAAGCACGAUGAACUUUAGCACCACCUGUAAAAAGCGAUGGUGACAACGUAUUGUCUUCUGCAAAAGACAAAGUGGAAGUCAUGGAAGUUGCCUUGGCACUAUUUGUAACAUUCUUUAAUGUGAAAUAUUUUGUAACUUAUGGUGUUAUUUAUAGAGUUUUACAUAAAAAACAGAGAACAGAAGAGACAAAUCCACAGGUACUUGGUUUUACUUAAGUAAGUCAGCGUAGAAUCACUUUCCUUAUUCCUUUGUUUUUCUUCUCCUUCUCUAGAAGACAAUCUGCCCAGAGGAUUUUAGAAUAUAAAGAAUGAUGUAUUCAGCUCUUCAAAGACGCACCGCCUCAGCAAUUGGGAAGGGGGAGGCGGCAUUAAAUAGUUACAUGAAAACUGUUUUAUGCGUGUUACAUGCAUUUAAUCUAAUGUAUUUAAAGACAAAGAAUUUUGGUUAUAUAUUCGUAGCUUUUUCCUGGAGGAAUGCUGUGGUCAUAAGACAAAAUCUCAUUGUAGCCCUGAUACGAUAUAAAAAGUACUUGGGUAAUUUAGACCACACAAAUCCAACUUCGAAGCCUACCAAAGCCAGGAAUGUAAUUUUCCAUUCACAGUGCAGGAUUACUGCCCUCUUACUAAUUUGAAAGAAUCGUUUUUGAUUCUUGGGCUCCCUCUGUCACUCAAAUGGUACGUCAUUAGCUUCCAUUGUGUGGUUUUGGUUAAGUCAGAAGGUCUGUGCCCAAGAGCUCUUUCCACUCAGUUUUGACUAUCAUUAUUCUGUUCAGAGUUUAAAAUAAAGUAAUGAAAUACUCGACUAAUUUUUCACUCUCA